GUGUUCGAACUACUUUUGCCAUAUGGGUCUGCCUUGGUUAUUGGGUCUUUGUAGGGUUGCAGCAAAUCCCUAAUCAAUCCCUUCGUGCUCGUGAUUAUAAUCAUCGUUGCAUUGAAAUCCAAUUCUUCAAGGUUACUGUUUUCGUUCCGAUCCCGAAUACUUACAAAUAUUGCAAUUUUGUCUUCGUUUGCACAUGCCAAAUGCAAUGGCUAUCAUUACGAGGUUAGCACUGACACAACGCCAGUUUCAAAACUCACUUAGUGUUUUUAGAUAUCGAUGGAUACGCAAAGGUUAUUUCCUCUGUUCAAAUCACAUCCAAAAGGGUUGCUUCUUGUACUCGAGUUGUGACAGAGCAUUCGAUUGAAGCUCCUCUUGAACUGAGCUGCUAAAACCAUGAGUUCCAGUGGCAGAAGAAGAAGCAAUACCAUCUCGUUGUCUCCAUCGAAGACUCCCCAUUUCUUCAAGAUCAUUCUUGAGGACACUAUUCGAGAAGGAAAGCUUGUCACCACUUAGGGCUCGUUUUUUUUUUUCAGUACUGGCCCUUUUGAGAUGAUUGAUGGAUGAUAGUCAACAGUACUCUCAGUUUGAGACUUUUUUUGGUAAAGAUAUAUAUGCUGCCUCGAGCUCUGAAGUUAACUAUUGCAUGUCAUAACUCUUCUCUCUUCUUCCAAGUAAUUGUCACAUCACAUACCAUUGCAAAGCCAUGAAUUCUACCAGCAGAAGAGGCCAUGAUGGAUCUUCUGUUGCAGCAUCAAAGAGAGCACAUUUCUUCAAGCCAAUUCUUGAUGAUACUAUACGAGAAGGAAAGCUUGGAUUACCAAGAGAUUUUGUGAAAAAAUCCGGAAGAAGCCUGCCAAGCUUAGUGAUUCUUAAGGUCCCCACUGGUGCAGUUUGGCCUGUGGAAUUGGCAAAGCGUGAUGGCAAAUUUUGGUUUCAAAAUGGUUGGCAAGAAUUUGCUGGGUAUUAUUCCCUUGACUAUGGCCACAUGCUAGUAUUUGAGUAUGAUGGAUGUAGCCAUUUUCACGUAAUCAUAUUUGAUAAGAGUGCUACAGAGAUCAAAUAUCCAUGCGAUGAUACUAACUGUAGUGAGGAGCUUAAACACGCUGGAGAAAAACAAAAGCCUAAAGUAAGACGUAAAGCAAGAGAGAGAUCGCCGUUACCUUGUCCUUUUCCACACAAGAAGGCAAGAAAUGGUUCAACUGUUCAUGGAAACAGCACUUCAAUGUCAGUUCCACAUUCUAGGCGAAACCAUUUUACUCGUGAAGUUCCUCAUGAAGUCGAAGGAGUAAAAGUUUCCUGCAAAAGGGAAUUAGGCGUGUCUGCAUCUGGAUGGAGACGCCCAAAAACUAAUGUUGAACAACGACUAACGAACCAAGAAAAAAUUGAAGCUUUGCGGAGAACUAGUGGUUUCAGGUCUGCAAAUCCUCAUUUCAAGAUUGUCAUGCAGCCGUCAUAUGUUUCUUUCAGAUUUGAUUUGGUUAUACCAGCAGAAUUUGGCGAGAUUUAUAUGAAGAAAAAGCGAAGUGAUGUCGACUUAUGUGUCUCUGAUGGGAGAAUUUGGCCUGCUAAAUACUCGAAACAUGAAUUCCAAUCAAAUCCAAAAAUCUAUUAUGGCUGGGAGAAAUUUGCUCGUGAUAAUGGUUUAAGAGUCGGUGAUGUAUGUGUAUUUGAGUUGAUUGAGAUCGACAAAAUGCAACUGAAAGUUCACAUCUACCAUGCUGAUGAAGAUCUAAAUAUUUACAUGUUGCAAGGUGAGAAGAAGACUUCUAAUGAAGAUUCAAAACCUCUUCGGGGAGGUAUUACUUUCAAAUCUGAAAAUCCUUGUUGCAGGGUGUUCAUGCAUCCAAGUUAUGUUCGUAGAGGAUGUGGAAUGAGAAUGCCAGCAGGCUUUGGUAAGAAAUAUCUCCCAGAAGAGCGAAGUGAUGUCACCCUUUGUACUCCUGACGGAAGAACUUGGCCUGUAGAGUAUCAUCGCCGUUCGUAUCUCUAUAAGGGGUGGCAGGAAUUUGUGCAUGAUAACGAUCUAGAAGUUGGUGACGUCUGCUUCUUCGAGUUGAUUAAGAUCUUUGAAACCAAACUGAAAGUUUCUAUUUUCCGAGGCAAUAGACACAAGAGCUGAUCGACUGAAUGGGAGAAACGACAACGAUGGAGGGCUAUACAGCGUGACAUAAAUUUUGUUUCAGCAGGUGAAAGGCUUGAGGUAUCAUCACAUGUAUAAGUUGGUGUUGAAAGUUUUACUUUUUCCUGCAGUCACUGGCCCAGACUUGCCUAGCUAGGUUAAUUGUGGAUCAAUUGAGACAUUGUGAACUAGAAGAUAUUAUUAUGUUCAGUGCUUGUUUGGCUGUCCUUUGAAUGCUACUCUGUUCUGGAUUAGAGAAGUAAAGCUAAUUUUGGUCUCAUGGGAAGCUGAUGUCUAUUGCUGUACAUUUCUAAGUUUGUGUUCAAAGUUUACUUUUUCUGGAGUCACUGCCCAGACUGGCCAUGUUUAGGGUGAAAGCUAGGUUGAUGGUGGAUCAAUUAGAGAAGGACAGCAAAUUUUGCUUAGUGGCGGUUUCAAAAUCUGAUGUUUAGGGUUUAAGGAUGCCAGAGUCACAGUUGUUG